AGCGGAAGUGCAGCAGCAGCAGCGGUGGGGACGAGAGGAGGACGGCCUGAGAGGUCGGGAAGAUGCCCACUGCGGUGAUGGCGGAAAACUCGCUGGGAUUCAGCAAACUGCUGGAGCAGUGUGAGAUCCAGGAGCUGGAGGCUCCCGGUGGAAUAGCAACACCACAAGUUUAUGGUCAACUGCUUGCUUUAUAUCUCCUACAUAACGAUAUGAAUACCGCACGGUACCUCUGGAAGAGAAUACCUCAAGCCAUCAAAACUGCUAAUCCUGAGCUUGGUGCAAUUUGGUCUGUGGGACAGCGUAUCUGGCAAAGGGACUUUCCUGGCAUUUACACUGUGAUAAGCUCUCAUCAAUGGUCUGACACCAUCCAGCCUAUCAUGGAGGAAUUGAGAGAUGCUACAAGACGACGUGCCUUUGGUCUCGUUGCCCAAGCGUACACAUCAAUUAGUGCUGAUGAUCUUGCUGCUUUUGUGGGACUUCCUGUAGAAGAUGCUGUUAAAGCUGUUUUAGAACAGGGGUGGCAGGCAGAUCCAUCCACACGAAUGGUUGUACCCAAAAAGGCAGAACCUCCCCCAGUACCACAGAUUCCUAAUGAACAACAGUUGGCCAGACUGACUGACUACGUGGCCUUCCUUGAGAACUGACAAACUACCACUAUCAAGUGUGUGUGUGUGUGUGUGUGUGUAUGAAAGAGAGAGAGAGACGAACUCAGGCUGUCAGUUUCUUGUUCGCGAAUGACACAGACCAGUGGAAUUUUGUUGUAUACUAACCUUGACUAAAAGGAGACUCUUGAAGUUGCUUUUGAAUGUUCUUGUAAAUAUCAAUGUCACCAAAUUAAAAAAAAAAAAAAAAAAAUCCUCUCUAGGGAUAUCUAGUAUUUUCCACCAAGUACAUUUAUUUUAGUCUUGCUGACUGACCUUCGGAAAAGUCAACUGAAUUCCACCCACAUUAUGGAUCCUAGAACAUCCUGCUUUGCUUUGAGUUUAUCCAGUGAUUUGGACUGUUUGUUCAUAAGCAAACAUAAGUCUGCAUAUUUCAGCUGUGCACAGGAUCUUUUGUUUAGCUUCCUUUCUUUUUUUGGGCAGUUUGAGGUUUUCGCAAUGUAGAAUAGGAAUUAGUAAGGGUUGUCUUUUUCUUGGUUCUUCACAUUGGAUUCAGGGUAAUCUGUUGCCCUGCACACUAAUUAGUAGGCCUUAAGUUUGAAAAAAAAAUGGAAAGUUCUGAUUUAUACUUUUUGUGAGGGUGUUAAUGAGAAUGCAGAAAUGAUUCAUAAGAAUGGAAGCAGAGAUGUGAAACUUCAUAUACGUAGAUAGAUUAAAGAAAUGGAGAUUGCUUUCCUUGGGCAAGAAAAGAUUCAGAGGAGAUUCUUUGACAGUAUUCAGAUUUGUGGACUUGAAACCUUUUUUUGAUUUGAAGCAAGGAAGACAUAAGUAAAAACAUUUUCAUGCAGUGAGUGGUUAGAAUCAGGAAUGCACUUCCUGAGAAUCUGCCAGAGGCAGGUUCAGUCAACGUAUUCAAGAGGGGAAUAGUGUUAUUAUCUUAAAAGGAAGAAUAAGCAAGGCUGCAGUGAGAAUGCUGGGAAUGGCAUGAGAUAAAUUGCUCUUAUGGUGCUGGGUCAGUUUUGUGAUUAGCAAUGGGUUGUGUGCUUAAAUGAAGCUUAAAUCUUAAGAAAGAGAGGUUGUAUUGGAAUAAUACUUGGAAAUGUGUAAGAGAUGAGAUUUAAAAAAAAAAGCAAGGUACUGCAGAUGUUCAAAAUCUAAAUUAAAAUACAGAAUGCUGGAAACAUCCUGGUUAGGCAACACCUUGUGGUGAGAGAAACAGAAUUAAUGUUUCAGUUUAAUAAACUCUCAUUGGAUAAGAUUAGCGGCGACAAGGUUGUAUUCUCCAUUGAGAGCACUGGAUUGUGAACAAGGGGCCACAAAUCUCAGUGAACAUACAAAAUUGAAAUGGCCACUGCCGCAGCAAUGAGCACUUAGUUCCCUGUUUAGAAUGAGUUAGGACACCAUUGAUGUCAUUGGAGGUAUUUGGGAAGUGUAAACAAAAUUAUAUAGACAUCUGAGAUAACAAGGUGUAGAGCUGGAUGAACACAGCAGGCCGAGCAGGAAGGCUGACGUUUCGGGCCUAGACCCUUCUUCAGAAAUGGGCUGACAUUUCGGGCCUAGACCCUUCUUCAGAAAUUUCUGAAGAAGGGUCUAGGCCCGAAACGUCAGCCUUCCUGCUCCUCUGAUGCUGCUUGGCCUGCUGUGUUCAUCCAGCUCUACACCUUGUUAUCUCAGAUUCUCCAGCAUCUGCAGUUCCUACUAUCUCUUAUGUAGACAUCCUGCAGUUUUCUGAAAGGAAAGGAAAGGGAAGAAGAAAGGGUCAGCUAUAUUCCUUUUUUGGGCAGCCAGGAGAGGAUUCUAUUUGUUUAGUAGCUGUGCGAUAAUAAAGGGCGGUGGUAGAAGCCCAGAUAAUUUUUAAAAAAAUUCAGUCAUCUCCAACGAAAGUCAAACUUUCGAUCCAUUGAUGUGAAUUUCAAAGCCUGCGACAGGAAUCACUUGACUCUGUUGACAAUUUCUUGACGAGAUUGAGCCAGAAAAUAUAUAUCUGAGGAAAUGGGUGAAAGUUACCAGAUUGGCAUUUCUGGGGCACUGCAAGCCUUGAUUUUAAAAGGAGUUUUGACUGGACAGGACAAGCUUCCAAUAUCACAGAUUCUUCUUACUGCUAGAGCACGUGAAGCCACAAGUAGACAAAUGAAGACAAUCUACCCAAACAGCCAGCCUUCAGGUAAGUAAAUAUAAAAGGCAAGUGGGUUAAUACAGCGACACAGCAACAGAAGAAUACAAACUUGAACAGUGAUAUACAGGAAGGAAAUGACUCCCAUGUGGAUCAAACUGAGCUUGUGAAAAUUCAAAUCACUUGGAAAAGAUGCACAGCGCAAAGAAAAUAGUUGGUAAAAGAGUUACCAUAGAUGGAGCAACAGGAUGAAUGAGAAGGAACAGCAACCAAACAAUUUAUACCCUGGAAGAAUGGGGUGAGUUUGAGGAUGCAGUAGAUGUGGGGACCAAGCAACUACAUUAUAUAUCUUAAUGAGGUAUAUUUUGUUUUGCUAAAGAGAGAGUGUUGUUAUAGUAUAUUCAAAAAGUAUUAGAGGCUAUAUUAUGAACAUAUAUAUCAAGAUGCCAUAUCACUCACUGUGUAUUAGUCACUGUACUUAGCAACAUUAUAUCAGACCUCCACCCACUUGGAGAGCUACAAGAAAUGUACUCCAUGAAACCCCAGCAUUUGAGUCUGAUUAUUUCAAACUUUUGGGAACCACAAGACACAAGGUAUUGUUUUGCCCUUCAUGUAUUUACGAAAUAUCUUUGGCAAGUAAAAUCAAUGAAAAUCCAAAA